AUGGAUGAGAGGAAUCCAAAUCUGAAGGAAUUUCCCAGAUCCGACCUCAUGGUUAUAUUAUUAUUUGGCAUAAUUAUUUAUGUGAGUGGUGUUGAGGUAACACAUGAUAAAAGUGGCGAUACUGUGAGCGUACGGAUCGGCAAUGGAGUGAUCGAUGGGCGCCGGGAGUCAUACGAAGACAAAGAUCUGGACGUAUAUCUGGGCAUACCUUACGCUCAGCCACCAGUCGGACUCCUGAGGUUCAAAAGGCCUUUGCCUGUAGUGGACAAGUGGACGGAGCCGUUGAAUGCCCAACACUGGUCACCCGCCUGUUAUCACGUAAAAUUACACAACAAUUUCUUUAACCCAAACAUGUCUGAAGACUGUCUGUACCUAAACAUCUGGUCGCCGGCGGCCAACCCGUCGGCACCGGACACACUCCGACCGGUAAUGUUUUGGAUACACGGCGGGGGACUGGUGUGGGGAUCGGCUGUUGAAAAGUUUUACAGCGGACACGUACUGUCAGCACUCGGCGAUGUAGUUGUAGUGACUUUUAACUAUCGCCUCAACAUAUUUGGUACGCUAUACACGGGAGCGGAGGGUCCGGCGCCGGGCAAUCAGGCCCUAUGGGAUCAGGCGCUGGCACUGGAGUGGGUUCACGACAAUAUUAAAUACUUUGGCGGCGAUCCCGAUAUGGUUACGGUUUUUGGCGAGAGCGCCGGCGCCGUCACAACAGCUCUGCUCACACUCUCGCCGGUCAGUCGACAUCUGUUUCGGCGGGCGAUUGUGAUGUCCGGAACGCCGCUCAACAGCCGUUUGGUGGCCGAUAAGCACGAGUUGGAGAGCCGAUGGGUGUCCGCAGCCGUCAAACUAGGCUGCGAUGCCGGCGACAGUGAGAGCACCGGUAGGUUUACCCCUCAACUCACUGACUGCCUGUUGGGACAGUCGGCCGACCGGUUAAUAACCGUACAGACAGUGUUGUCCGAAGCAGAGGCCGGCCUAAUGAGCGUUAUAGUGGACGGAGAGCUCCUGCCGUCGGCGCCGGACGUAAUGCUCCGCAACGGAGACUACAAGAAAGGGUUGGAUCUAAUGAUCGGCACCACCGAAGACGAGGGCUCAAUGAUAUUACUAAUGGCGCGACCGGACAGGUAUGACAAGUGGGCGCCCAAACCUCUAACCCGUGAUGAACUAGUGGGUGAUUUUAAGCAAUUUAUGACCUUGGUAACACCGGGUGGACUGCCCAACAACGCCGAUGAUAUCGUUAAGUUUUAUUUUAAUGGUCAUUCAGACGAUACGGACAGCCUUCGCCACCGGGUGGGCGUAGGGUUGGGCGAUGUACUGCUCGGUUGUCCCACUAUAUUGUAUGCAAAAGCCGUACACUCGGCUGACCCGACGGCCCGCGUCUAUCAGUACUACUAUAAUAUUAAAGCGGGCGAUGAAAAGUUCCUGUGCGCUCAUUGGGCGGGUGUCUGUCAUUUCAGUGACGUAUACCCAGUGUUUGGUUUACCACUGAUUGAUGAGCACAAGUAUGUUGAGAGGGAACGGCAGGUCUCCCGACAAAUGAUAGCCAUAUUGAGUACAUUUGCUCGCACUGGGAGUCCGCCGGCGCAGAGCGGCGCUCAAUGGGAGCCAUACUAUUCAAUAGACGGCCAGACAAUCGGCCCGUACUAUGAGUUCACUAAUGAGCCCAAAGUUGGCACUAAUUUUGGUCAAAAUCUUAAACAUAUUGAGUGCGAAGUGUUGUGGAAAAAACAUUUAAUUAAUUAG